AUGUUGUGUACUGUUUGGAUACAGAUUGCAAUGAGUAUGGUUCCACCCAAAACACCCAAUAAAAUCUUUCCAAAGAUCAUUACUGGGAGUCUGCUGUUGCUGGUGGGUGUUUAUUUGAUCAACAGCGGCAUGCAGAACUGGGGUGGGAGUUCAAAUUGCAAUGGUGGAGAAGGCUUUUAUGCUUUGUGCCCAAAUGUUUCAGUACCUAGGCCUUUGGUUUGGUGAGUAUUCACGCUUCUUCAAUAGGAUCGUGCUAAUAUUUCCAAAGGGGAGACCCAAAGCUUAUUGGACUUGGCUUCAGUGUCUUUGUCUCGGGAAUUAUGAUAGAACAAUUCGGAUCUCCAUUAAUGAAAUCCGCAUCAAUUGUUCUUGGGCUAGCAGUAGGCUGUGCGAUUUCAGGAGCAACUGGGUACUGGUCCCGAGAGAAUAUUGAUGCUGCGCCGGCUAUAACAUUCCUUUGGGUUCAUACCUUCAAGCUUUCAGUUGAUGGAGCACUCAUACUACCCCUACUCAUAAUGUUUAUAUGCGAGGCUGUUAGUUGUAUGCCCGAUAUUCUCGCCACAGCCGAAAUUUCCAAUGUGGAUAUUGGAGGGACACAGUUCAACUCUCGCAUUCAAGGUGGUAUUUUAUGCGACGGACUUGGUUCCCUUCUCUCUGCUUUUGGCACAGGUCUCCCAAUGGUCUCACAAGCUGGAAACAACGGUGUCAUCGUAUUGACAGGUUGCGCGAGUCGAAGAGCCGGUUGGUGUGCCUCCGCAUUUCUUAUUCUCAUGGGAAUAUUUGGAAAGUUUGGGGCUGUGUUUGGAUCUAUGCCUCCAUCUGUACUAGGUGGCAUGCAAGUGUUCUUAUAUAGCACUAUUGCUGUUGCUGGUAUCCGAGUUCUUGGUCUCAUUACUUGGACCAGACGCAAUCGGUUCAUCCUUACGGCUAGUUUGGGAAUCGGAUUCAUGGAUAUUGUGCAACCGACUUGGUUUAACAGAAUUCUGAACUACGCUGGACCAAACGCCAGACUGCAGGGAUUUGAGCAGGGGCUGAAACUUAUUGUUGAGACUCCAUUUAUUGUAGCCGCUGUAGUUGGAGUAUUCCUGAAUUUAGUGCUUCCUAUGGAUAGAAGUGAGAUGGGCCGAAUUGCGAGGGAAGAUGGAAGUGGAGGUGGAGUUGUUUUGGAGGGCAGAUAA